CCGAAGCGCGGCACUUGAGACGUCCAGAUGUUGCGUUUGAGGCACCAGACAGAGUCGGGACUACAGCCACGCCGAGGAAAACUUUUUUACUCGCCGCUCUCCUGCUCGCCAACGGUGAUGCAAGCUGUCCAGCUGGGUUAAAGAACGAAGAAGAGAAGCCGUGAAACAAUUUCACGCCACUUUUUUGGUUUGUUUGGAGAGGAGGACGUUGAAACUACAGCCAAACUUUUACUAACUACGCAGUUUGGAACUUGUUUGCAGUGUUUGCGCUGAAAUGAAAUAGCCUUUAAAAGUGCAUUUUAGCAAGUAUUUAACCCCUUUUUUUUUACACCCUGCAGCAGCUUGCAUCAUGGCUUUUGUUCACUUGCUCUGUGCCUGGAUGUUGUUACAGCCAGCAUGCGGAGCUUUUUACCGGGGACCAUUACAUCCAGAGAUGUCUAAUGGCACUUUUCAUCAUUAUUUUGUCCCGGAUGGCGAAUAUGAGGACAACGACGACCCAGAGCAGUGUCAAAUGCUUUUUAAGAUGACCGACGAGCGAAAGUGCAGCCUGGACGAGGACCAAGACUCUGUCAUAAGGGACGACUUCACCCUCAUCAAACGGCAGAUCGAGGAUUCGGCGCGGGUGCUAGAGGGGAUAGGGAAGAGCAUCUCCUACGACCUGGACGGAGAGGACAGCUACGGGAUGUAUCUGCGCAGGGAGACGGCCCAGAUCGGCGAGGCGUUCACAAACUCGGAGAAAUCUCUGCUGGAGUUGGAGGUGAAGUUCAAGCAGAGCCAGGAGAGCGAACUGAAGGAGGAGCACCGGCUCAGUGACGACUUCCUCACCAUGAUCGUGCACACACGGGACGCCCUGAAGGAGACCCUGGACAUCUCCCUGGGCCUGAAGGACAAACACGAGUUGCUGUCCCUGAUCAUCCGCAGCCACGGAACGAGACUGAGCAGACUGAAGAACGAGUACCUCAAAUUCUAAUAGGAAAACAAUCCCUUCCCAUUACUAACUUCCCAUUACAUCACUUUAAAUAUUGUUUUUAUUGUGGAGCGUGACCAGGGCCGGAUUUAGGAAAGUGCGGGCCUUGGGCUAAAUCCACUUUUGGUGCCUUAAUUUCACAUAAUUCACGUGUUUCAUGCAUUCAAAUUUCAAUAGAUUGAUCAUUAACGGAAGAGGUGAUUCAAGUAUUUAUUUAUUUUUUUUCUUAUCAUGUCCUUCCAUUUUUCAUUUCUAAAUAAAAUACAUACAUGGCAUCAGUUAUGUAAUUUAUAGAAUUAUAUCAUACAAUUCAAAAAAGUGUUAUAAUGCGUUAUAAUAAACAUCAGCAUCUUUAGGCUGAAAGACCAGCAGGGGGCCCUAAAGAACAAUCAGUGUCUUAGAGUCAACUCUUUAAAUUUAUAGAACAAAUGUAAUAAAUGGUUUUUGUGUAAAUUUGCUCCAAUUAUUUAGGAAUAGCAAAUUUAUUGUUUUUUUUUUUUUUUUUUUUUUUUUGCUUCAUUAAAAAAUAAUUAUAUUUACAAUAGAGAGUAAGUGACCAGUGUAGCUUGAAAGGGUUGACAGUUAUAGUUUUCACAGUGAGUAAAUUGGUAGAAAGUGUUAUUUUCAAAGUUCCCAAAUUAGAAAACUAUUUUUAAAUUUGUGUGAAAUGUGUAUAUAUCCAAUGCAAAAUGGGUUCUGCCACUUGUCAGAAUUAGUUUUGCAGUCAGUUUAAUUAAAAAAAGUUGUUUUUAAUAUUUAAAAGAUAGUAAUUAACUGAAUUAGUAUCCGUAAUUAUGUACCUGUAAGAAAAGUCACUAGUAACUUUGCUCACAGUAGGUUUUAGAAAUGAAAAAACAAUCUGGGCAUGCAGCUUUUGAACAAUCUCUUGGUAAGAGUAAUUGAAAAUUGAAAAAAAAUAUAUUUUUUUACUUUACUGAACUGGAUUGUAACCACAAUGAACAAUGAAUUAUUCACAUUUUUAUAAGCUGUCAAGUGCCAUCAUGUUUUUUUUUUCCCCAGUGUAUGUAAAUUACAUAUUGGGAUACAAUUUCUUUUUCUGCCACAUGGAAAAAUCUUAUUGGAUCAAACUACCGGAUAUCCUGGCAAGACAGUCUAAGUACCUAGCAAAUCAUAAAUAAUAGUUAUCCGACAAAAAAAAAAAACAAGUUAUAUCCUCAUAUUUGACAAUGUUUAUUUUUAAUUACCUAAAUUGAAACUGGCUAAUGGUUUGCACAGACACACAAAAUGUAAACACUAAAUGAGACACGGGUAAUAUUUCCCUUGUAUAUUCCCUAGAUGUCAAAUAUUGUCAUGCUGGCAAUGCUGGAUGGCUGGCUGGCUGGCUGGCUGGAUGGAUGGAUGAAUGGUUGGCUGAAUGGAUGGAUGGAAUUAGAGCUAGAGGCUUUGGCUUUCAAAACAUGAGAUUUAAGUAAGUUUUUAAUAUGUUUUGUGGAUUUAUAUUGGAAUAGAAUUAAAAUCUAAUCCCAUUGCCCAGUUUAUAGUGUCUGUACUAUGUCCUGAAUGCCUUGUGCCUGCUUUGGUUUUGCCUUUGAAUAAUCUAUAUUUAGCAGUGAAAUAGCUGACUAUAGUCAGGGUGAAAGAUCCUAUAAAAAGAAACAAUAUUUGUGUCUCUUUGACCUUCUUGAAGAAGGUUUUUCUGAAAAAAAAUCAAAGAAUGUUUACAUGUGCAUCGAAGCAUCAGUUGUAAUUUUCUCUGGCUUUGUUUUAUUGGCUUGCAAAUGUUGCACAAUUUUUACUGUCUAAGUGCUAAAUGUUGACUUAUGUUUUAAAGUGGGUGCCCCUUGCUGUGCUGUUUUGUACAAGGAGUGUAGUCUUGUAAAAUAUAUAGGUUAAUAUUAAAAGUAAAUACUGUGAGUACCUUUAUAACAGAAAACCUUAAUCUGUACUAGUGUUUAUGUAUUCUUUUUCACCUCAAGGAACACACUAAUCUGUGUUUAUGUUUUUGGUGUAAUACUUUGACAGACAAGACUGCAGGCAGCACUCAUGUACUUUUGAGUUUAAGGAAUAAUCUGUAUGACAACAUACUUAAUCGACUGUAUUGUGACUUUUAAAAUAAAGUAAUUAAGUACAAUGGA